CCAAUAAAAGGAAAUAAGACCAGAAACCCAUCAUUCCUUUAUUUGACUUGUAAAUUUUGAGCUUGGUUCUCCAUUCCUCUCUCUUAUUAAUGUCAUUGCCGCAUUUGAUCAUCAGAUCUCAUCUUUGAAGAGAAUCACGUGGGAUCCGGUUCUUCAUUUAUCAUAUCAUAACGUAUACUAUCUUAAUUAGUUCUUCCCAAAAUGGGAGAUUAGUAGAAACAGAGAGAGGAGAAGGACAAGGAGGAGGAAGAGGAGCAAGAACAAUUCUUGAAUUCUUGUCGGAUAGAAUGGACAGUGGUGAUGUUCAGGUGGGGACGCGUAGGACCUUGAAGCAACGGCUAGGAUUUAUCGGUAUCGGCUGCUGUGGAGCUACUACAUGGAUGUACAGGUCGCGUCCAAGUCCCAUGAACGCAGCAGCCGCCGUUGAUCAAGACCAAGAUUAUGAUGGUAUUUUAACUUCACCGGGAGUUGUAGAGGAGGACAACAGAUGUGACGGGGAGAUUACUCCGGCGAGGUCGGUUAACUUAGCGGCUGCUCUGGCGGCGGAGCGUGAGUAUAGGGCGGCGCAAGAUGUGGGGACGCCGUUACGAAUGUCGUUGAUGAGACUUCUGGAGGAGCCGGAGGAGGGAAGAGAGGCGGAGGUGGUGGCGACGGUGGGGAAUGAUAGGGUGUGCUGCGUGUGCAUGGGAAGGGAAAAGGGUGCGGCUUUCAUACCAUGUGGGCAUACUUUUUGUAGGGUGUGUUCAAGGGAGCUGUGGGUCAAUCGAGGAUCUUGUCCCCUUUGCAACCGUUUCAUUCUCGAGAUUCUUGACAUCUUCUAAUCAUAUAUUAUUUUAUUUUAGGGUUCAUUUGAUUUUGCUUAAGUACUUUUUUUAUUCAUGAAUUGGGCUAGGCGAGAGCACCUAGAGCCAACCUGGUUUAAACCCGAGCCAUAAUAUGUAUUAACAUAACGUUUAACCAAUUAGAGUCCAACAGCCCUAUAACUAAACAUUCCC